AUGAUAAUUUUACAUAUUUCAUUUUUAUUAGCUGUAGAAAUAUCAGAAAAAGGCUUUAUUUAUUCAGUGGGUAUGAAAAAGUUCCUAUCAUUGGACGGUGAUCACAUUCGUAUUCUUCCUAAACAUGAAAUGCCUGAAGUCUUUGACAUAGAAAAAAGAGGUGGUGAUGAAUCAUACAAACUAAAAAUCAGGCCAUAUCCACACCAAGGAGACCAGGUUAUUGAUAAAGAUUGGUGGACUAAUAAUCACAGGCUUAUUUUACACGAUCCCACAGAAUGGCAAAGUGAAAAAUUUACAUUUGCACUACUUCCAGAAAAUAUGAUAAAAAUAGUUGUCAAAGAAAAAUGUGUAGAAGCAGAAGAUGAAGGUUAUGUAAGAGCAAGAUCUUGUAAAGAUAAUGAUAAACAGUUAUACCGGUGGAUUCCAUUUAAAGAUAGGUUUGUAGUAGAAGAGUUUGUGGAAAGGCAUGGAGGUGUAGUAAGAGGAUGGAGAGGACACAAGAAACCACAUGGAUACGAUAUAGGCGAUGAUUUGUACUAUCCUCCUAGAUUUAGACCAAUAAGACCACCGAGACAUGAUGAAGACAGUAGUUUUGUUCCGCCAUACAAACCACCAAGAUAUCCAUCGGGGCACCCGUACCAUCCUUCUAAUCAACCUGGGCAUCCAUUAUACAGUCCUGAUUGUGAUCUUGCAAACCCGUCUUACGAUUCAUUGAUAAAUGAUCCAUCAUUUGGAAGACCGCCAUAUCAUUCUAAUGACCUGUCACUUGGAAGACCGUCAUUUCAUCCCAAUGAUCCAUUAUUUGGAGGGUCAUCUUAUAACCCCAAUUAUCCAUCAUUUGGAGGACCAUCUUAUAACCCCAACUAUCCAUCAUUUGGAAGGCCGCCAUAUCAUCCUAACGAUUCAUCUUUUGGAAGACCACCACAAGGUUCGUAUAUAAAUGAUCCAAAUUUUGGUAAGCCUCCACAUUUUAAGGAAUCGAAUUAUCCAUCUUUUGGAAGACCAUCAUAUCAUCCUAAUGAUCCAUCUUUUGGAAGACCAUCGUAUCAUCCUAAUGAUCCAUCUUUUGGAAGACCAUCGUAUCAUCCUAAUGAUCCAUCUUUUGGAAGACCAUCGUAUUAUCCUAACGAUCCAUCAUCUGGUAGGCCUUCAUUUGAUCAGUGUUCUGAAUUUCCGGGCCAAUAUCCAUCCAAUAGUCCCUUUUAUCCAAGUCAACCAUCACAUCCUGGUAUCUGGGGACACGAAGACCCUAAUUUUAAUAGCAUUCAAAAUUACCCACAUGGUUUAAUUCCCGAAUCUAAUGAUCCUUGUGAUGGCUGUGAUCCGAUGAGAAGAACGAAGGAUUAUCGCGGAAAUCUGUCGGGUUCGCGUGACAAUACUGGAUGCGAUGAAUUAGUAGAUAAUAUAGAAAAAGUUAUAUGCGAUAUAAACAGUCUCAAUUUUUCAAUGUAA